UUUUUUCAACCGCGUUUCAUUCUCGCGCAACCAUUCAUCUUUUCUUAUGAGCCAUACCAUGGAAACACAUUGGCAGCUGCUCGUAGUGUCCAGUUUCACGAAGCAGGUAACGGCAUGGUGUACGGUACCGAUUAUAUUUAUUAUCAACAUAUACAGGAAAGAGAAGAGCAGCAAGAACGGCUUCCAGGUUGCAGAAUAUCUACGUAGUGCUAUUGCCACAUCUUACGCAGCUCGGCCUUUUUAUUUCGUUUUUCGCUCACAUCAACUACAGAAUAUUGACGCGAAUAAGAUUCCGGAAAUACUCUAUCAGGAAAAUCGAAUGAGGGUUGCUCCUUUUCUUUUUCUUUUGUAUAGAGAAAGGGAUGAGCGGCAUUUCUCCACAAAAUGCGACAAAAGAGUUUAUACAGUCAAGUGUCAUUCUUCCUUAAUAUUUUUUUUUUUGGUCGGUCAACAUGGGAAAUAGCUGACAUAACUACUGGGUGUUUGUAAACAAUAUAUGCGCCAUAUGUUUUAUACAAGUUGGAUCGGCGAAUAACGUGUGCCUGUUUUCGCGACACAUAGAGAGUCCUGUUGCUUCAGGGAAACAGGCUUUCAGCGAGCAACGCAGCUUCAAAAACAGUUGGCAGUCAUACUCCAUAUUCCAAAUAUUCAUUUCAGUGCAUAAGAACAAUUGCAAAGACCAACGUGCUGAAUUAUCACCGCCUAUAAACAUCAUGGCGUGUCAAAACAAAUCAUGAAAGCGAAUAACAAAUUAAACGCGAUUACUAUGCACAAAAAAAAAAAAAAA